UGAAUUAUGAAAUCUGCUUCACUAAAACAUUUACGCCUCGAUAGAUGUUACAUAUCUCUCAUUCUGGUUUAUGUCGGAUGAUAAAUGUGACUGCACAGAGAACGGCGACGGUGCUAAUUGUACAAUAGUUAGCACCGUCCUAACCAAGGGAAAAACUACUACUAGUUUGAAUUAGUAGUGAUUUAGCUUAGAUGUCGUAUUGAUUUUAUAAUAAUCCGUAGUGAUUUUUGCUAGUUAUCAAGGUGCUAACCCCUAUAAGGGUUAGCACCUAAUCCCAUCCCGACUGCACAUAUUGUAAUGUAAUCGAUGAAUUGUCGGAUACAAACUACACACUCGCUCUCCUCUCCCUCUCUUGGACCAUACAUCCACUUAAUUUGGUUACGUUUGAAACUAGUAAUUAAAUAAAACCGAAACCAAAUCAUUAAUAAAUUUUAAGUACUUACACGAAGUCUGUAGAAGAUAGAAAAGUGUGAAUCUUUACUUGUAGUAGUUGUACUCCACGUUAUUAGUGUCUAAUUGGUCACAAACUCAAACCAAGAUUAGUACCCACAUUAAUAUGCCAUUUGUUCUUAAUUAAUAUAUCUUCCACUACCAAGUUUUAAUUGGGUUCAAUUUUUAAUGUUGUCACACGUGUCUCACUUUUAGUGGGAAGCAAACUUUUAUGUGAAUUCUUAAAGCAUACGUGUCGUAUAUAAAUAUAGGGCAAAUUACCCCAAAUAAAGUAUGUACAUAUGUCCAAGUUUUCGUGAACCCCCAAAAAUUUGGGCACUUAGAUGAUGGAGAAAGCAUAAUGUUUAAGGGGUUGGUGGGUGGGAGGGAGGAUGGUUAGUAAUAUAUUUUAAUAAUUAUGUGUGCACCUCACCACAUCUUAUUUGCUUUGAUUAUUGGAUUACAAGAAUCUUAUACCAAGGAACAAAAUCUUCAUACUUCAAAUUGUUCAUAUAGUCUUUUAUGAUUGAGUUGUUCAAAUGGGAAAGAGCAAAACAAGCUUAAGCAAAGAGAUUAUUAAAUCUUAUGGUAAAUUAUUGGCCUUAGAAGUAUUGAGAUAAAAGUCACAUGCUGAGAAAAAAAUUGGAGGGAGAUUGCUAAAAUGAUGUUUUGGUCUUCGAGAUUAUGGGAAUGGGAGGAUGUAAAGUAGAACAAGGUCGGUUUUCGGAUCCAUUUUGGAUCGAGAGAAAAUGUGCACAUAUAAAUACAGAGUUAGGUUUCUGUCAAAAAUAUGUCGUGUUGUGCGACACAAUGAAUGAUCUAACUUUCCUUGUGAUUUUUUUUUUGAAAUAAAUUGGACCCAUCUUAUAUGAUAUGAAAUCCUGGUUAUCCCCUUGUUGGGGAUCAUCAUACAUUCAACGCUAUUCACAACUACAUGUGUCAGGGUAUACCAUAAGUGAAGUUGAUAUUCUCGCAGUGGUUCAAUGUUGUCACAUUUUACCCUUGUGGAAGAGUGAGUCCACAUCCAUCCUUGAUUUGAUCAAUACAUGUUGUUUAUUUCGUCCCCUUUUAACUUCAUUAUUCUUGAACUUGUAUGAUUAUUCAAGUGCAAUUACGCUUAACGUUAACUUCGCGAUUGAUUCAGAUUGUGGGCACAUUUUAAAAGUUACAAACUGAAGAGAAACAUGAAUUAUAAUUGGUCAGAUUUUGACGUGCAAUCUGGGUCUUCUUGCCGUUAAUUAGUCAAAGUUAAUUACCUUGUUAAUCAUCCUUGAUUAGUGGCUCUCCAUGUGGAGGUUCUGCCCGUAAGAUCUACUAUACCCAUAAAAUACCAAAAAAGGAAAUACACCAAAUCCAUCUCGACAUGCGUCUAUCAAUGGGCUGGUCCCCUCACUUACUUACAAAUUACUAGAGUGUCUAAAUACAAACGUAAAACCUCGGGGGUAAAGAAAAGCUACAAACCUUGGGUUCGAGAUAAAUGUCAUAAACGGUUUGGUGUUAAGUGUUAAUGUAUCAAGUUAUUUGGAAAAAUGCUAACUAACAAUUUUGUGCUUUUUCUUUUACAAAAACUAGGUAAAAUGUUGUUUAGGGUACAAUUAAAGCAUAUGCACACAAGUGAGGACACACAUGGGUUUCUCUUUAUCCUACACACUAAGAGUACUCUCUAUUAGGGAAGACAAUUUCGACCUGACCCGAUUUACCCGAUCGGUUUGACCUGUUUUGGGGCAGGUCAAACCCGCCUCGUAGGCGGGGCGGAGCGGGCAUGGGUACCUCUCAUCGACCCGACCUGCCCUGACCCGCCCCAUUCUCGACCCGUUCUUGCCUAAAUUACAUAUAACUUACAUUAUAUUUUAGUUAUAAUAAAGUUGUAAAUAAGUGAAAAUCUCAAUUUCUUCAAUAAUUUAACUACAUUUUAUCAUAUUAUGGUUUAUUUCUUGGUCUUUCAAUGAAAAGAACGAAUAUUUCUACUGUUUUUCACAUAAAUUACAUACGCAAUGGGUCGACCUGCCCCGACCCGUGUCCCGUGAUAAAUUACCCGACCUGAACCCGACAUGCCAUGGGGCGGGUAUGGGUAUCGAGAUACCCGCCCUGGACCUGCCCCAUUGCCAUUCCUACUCUCUAUUGUGUUUAAUCCUGAGUAAGACGGUCAUAUUACUCGUUAAUUAUUAGCAAAAAAAAAAAAAAACUCCCGUUCCUUCCACAUAUACGAUCAUCAAGCAGACAUUUACCUCUUGACAUAUACGAUCGUGAAUCGUUAGAUCAAAUAAAUUUGUCGGGUAUUCAUGAGAGAUUGAGAGUCGGGAUAAUAUCUCACACGUAAACGCGCGUAUCCACAUCGAAACAACAACUAAUUGUUCAAUUAUAUGAAAACGGGAUCUAUCCAGACUAUUUGCAAGUAACUGCAAUCUGGAAACCUUUUAAAUUAAAGAUGAAGAAAAGAGGCGAGCUCGAGCAAAUUCAUGUUCAUGUGGGUUGAUGUCUUGAUGAGAUUCAUAUUCUUGUUACCUCGAAAAAGCCAAAAAAAAAAAUGUGAAUAAAAUAAAGGGUAGGGAAAAAGGUUUGCUUGCGGCAGAAAUAAAGGGGCAGUAUGGACAUGGUCAGUUUGUAAACGAACCGGGUCGGGCCCCACCCGAUUGAUCCAACCAAACCAAAAAAAAAAAAAGGGCUUAUGGUUCGUUCCAAAAAUAGGAGUGAACCCAUGUUUUGCCCAUCUUCAUGGUUUCCGGGUUUGCGGGUCAUUACAUAAAUUCGGCAAGUGCAACGUUGCACGCCCCGAGCCCCACAUUUCCCUAACCGGUACGGUUCAUCGCUGAUCGUGGUUAGGAGCAGAGAACAAUUCUGAUUUUGAUUCGGUUCUAGCUCGAUUUAAUCCGGUUCCAAAUCAAAUUGAUGGAUGCCUACCUGAUGGUAAUUCAUUUUGGCAUGUGUUAGGGUUUUUGUGCUAUUUUGUGUGUGGGAAUUGUUGUGCUAUUUUAUUUAAUUUUGAAUAUUGAAUGUAUAAUGGGAGAACAUUAUUCUGUGAGGAACUAUGUAUUUGUUUGAUUGGACACCAUUGUGUAGGUUAUUUGGAGGCCAUCAAAAGUACAACUAAAUCAAGUUAAAAGUUGUUUAUGUUUGAAAACUUGUUGGAUUUUGUUCGAAAUUUACACAUUUUAUCUUGUGAAAACUUAAGAGCUUCUUCGAUGAAUUGGAAAAGAGGUUAAAAACCUCUGAAAAACUGGUCGGUCUGGUGCUUUCGACUUUCGUUUUGUAUUAUGUCUUGUCUUGUUGUUUGCGACCUUUUUUUUUUAAAUUCAAUCUACGUCACCAAUAUAAAAAAAUAGGUUAGAAACUAUUACUAGCGAUCAAUGACAAUAUAAAAAAUCCGAAUGAGAAGUGGUAAAAAAAAAGCUCAAGAUAUUCGAAUAGUGGUAAUUAUGAAAUGAUGGAUCAAACUACUAUAUUUUCUAAAUUUUUGAUCUAAUGUAGUGAUGACAAAUUCUUACUGACCCGUUUUACCCAAUCUGUUUGUCCUGUUUUGCGAUUAGUUGGUAAUUAAACCCUUCAAAGUUCAAUGUAAUACCAUCAAAGUCAUUGACCAAACACCUGGAGUCUGGACCGUCUCCCUCCCCGCUGCUGUCUGCAUCUGAUUUCCCCUCUGCUUCUUCCUCCCUCUCCUCUGCUUACCUCACUAGUUCACUUCCCAUUAGCGACUCUCAGCAACAAAAUCAUUAAUUUUCAUUAUCCCCUCUUUUCUUUAUUUUUCCUCCCUUUUCUCUUUUUUGUUUUAUUCUAUUUUCUUCACAAACUCCUUCUAUUGUCCAUUCUCUAUUCUCUUCCCCUGUUUUGCUCCCUUUUUCCACCUUUGUAGACUCCCCUCUGCCUCUCUCUCCUUCCUCUUAUCACCACACGAGUAACUCAGUAGGGAAGCCAUUAACAGCGAAACAGAGAGAAAGGGAGGGGGCAAAAAGGAACAAAAAGACCAGGGAAAUAGAUUAAAAAAAAACAGAGGAUGAUUCUCCAUCGCCAUACCUCGACCUCUACUUCUGGGUCUUCUUCCCUUCAUCGUUAAACUUCACAGAUUCAACUCCUCUCAAAAUUUCCUACUCUGAUUUCUUGGAUCUGAUUGAGAAAGUAGAGAAAGAAAAGAAAAGUCUGCAGCUUUUUUUUAAAAAAACUUUUUUAUCCUUUUUUUUUCUUCUUGCUUCCUCUGUUUCCGAUGGAGCCAGAUCUUCACCAUCUUCACCACCAGCAGCAAUCGAACCAGAAGCAAAUGAAUUCCGGCGGAGGCGGCGGACUGACGAGGUACCAAUCGGCUCCGAGCUCCUACUUCACCAGUUACCUGGAAAAAGAGCUAUGCGACGAGCUCUUAAACCGCCCUUCCAGCCCGGAAACGGAGAGGUUCUUCGCCAGAUUUUUAGCCAACACCGCCAGCUCCGACGGGUUGCAGCCCGACCCGGUUCUCGCCCCGGUUAAGCAAGGCUCUCCCCCUUUACAACAAGUGAUGGAUGAUUACUCUUCCGGGUCGCGGAGCUUCUACCCGCCGCCGCCGACGCCAAGCAGCCAGUCCCGCCCACCAUUGCCGUCGGCUCCGGCCAUGGAUUACAGCCGCUUGCCGCCGACUCCGCCACCACCAGCAUCGAAAUCUGGCGGUGGGAACAACUCGUCGAAUCUCGUCAGGCACAGUAGCUCCCCUGCUGGGCUUUUCUCCAAUAUCAACAUUGAGUUCGAAAAUGGGUAUGCGGUGAUUCGAGGGAUGGGAGAUUUUGUUGGGAAUAGGGAGUCAUCAGGGAGGAUGAGCCCCAUAGCUGAGAUUGAUACAAAGGACAACAUUGUUGAAGCCAUUAACAGCAGUAGAGCUGAGAGUUCGUCAGAUUUCGGAGAGGCUCAUCAUCCUGGUAACUAUGCUGGUUCUACUGCUGGGUUCCCCAUGGGUUCUUGGGAUGAUUCUGGGAUCAUGAAAGGUGGGCUCUCUGAGGAUGACAGAACUUUCUCUGGUCUCAACGAUUCUCAGGAUGUGGAGGGAGGAGGGAACCGUCCACCAAUGUUGGCACAUCACUUGAGCCUUCCAAAGACAGCGGCAGAGAUGUCGGCUCUGGAGAAGCUGCUGCAUCUUCAAGAUUCGGUGCCUUGCAAGAUUCGAGCCAAGCGAGGUUUCGCCACUCAUCCAAGAAGCAUCGCUGAGAGGGUGAGAAGAACACGAAUCAGCGAACGAAUGAGGAAGUUGCAAGACUUGGUGCCAAACAUGGACAAGCAAACCAACACGGCAGACAUGCUAGAUUUGGCCGUUGACUACAUCAAAGAUCUCCAAACACAAGUCAAGGUAAUGGCAGAUUCUCGAGCCAAAUGUACGUGUACAAGUACAAGUAUGCAUCAAUCAUAGCAGAAAAAACCCCUAAGCUGAAAAGGGAUCAGCUUCCAUUUCCUGGCUAAGCCAUAUAUAUGUAUACAAGUAAUAAGAAUAGUCUGCCUUCUACCCAUGAAAAAUUGAAAAAGAAAGGAGUUUGAUGAUAGAAAGAAGCAGAUUAUUAAAGCUAUAGCAGGAGCUUUGGUAUAUUUAUAUCUGUUGUGAAAAAGGGGAAAAUAUUCAAUGGCAGAAAAUAGAAGAUGAAUAGGAGCUGUACAGUGAUUAGCUUGGCCUGUUGUAGACUUGUUAGUGUUGUUGUGACAUAAUAAUUAUUAUUAUUAUGAUUUAUGAUUACUAUUUUUUCCAUUCCCACUUUGUUUUUGGGUAUGGGCGUAUGGCCUCCAGAUUAUGUGAUUUUUGUAAGAAUGUAUAGGGCUAAGAUUAUGAUGAAGAUUAACAGAGUCGAAUCGAUCACCUCAAAAUUAUCGUAUUCAUGGUAGUACUGCUUGCUUAAUGAUCUUAUGGUUCUGAUUUAAAGGAUAUGCUUUGGAACCCUUUGUGUAAUUUCCAAUUUUGUGUGGUGGGUAGGGCAAAAGGUCUGAUCUUUCACUAUUUUGUGGUUUUUCUUUUUGGUGUUGAUACAAGAUAGGAAAAAGAAUAGGAGUGUGAAAAGUGGGUAAUGUGAAGCUUGAAAGGUUUGUGGAUGGGGGGCUAACUUUUUAAUUUAAUUUUCUUUUGGUUUCAAUACUAAUUAAGAAAUUGACUGGAGAGAAAUUAGUGUCCACUACUUUAUCAAUUUAGUUGUAAACCAUUGGUGAUGAGUUGAUACAGAAAGGAAAUAAUUCCAAGCAUAAAAAGCUCUUUGGUUGGGAAGUUUGGUUUGGUCAAUUCUGUCAUUUCAACUCGAUUUGAAAUUUUUCUAAAUUCUAUCAGUUGUAAUGAUUUAAGAGAAAUUAGGAAUAGCUAGCACUCCAUAUAAUACAAAUGUUAGGUGGGUGUAUCAAUCAUACAAUCUAAUUAGGAAACUCGAAUAAAAUAUGCUUUCGAAAUAUAUUUUUUGAGUCGCUGGACAACGAUACUAUUUCACAAUUUAACAUAAUCGACAAUAAAAUCGUUUUUCAAACUUGUAUGUAUCUACGUAACUAUACUGAUAUCAAGUAACGUGCACACCAUAAAAUGUAAUAUAGUAUAAAAGAUAAAGACUCUAUAAACUCUAUCACCAUCCUAUUACUAAUUAGUCUAUCUUUGAUUUACAAACUGACAAUCACAUUCCUUGCAUUAAUAUUAUCCAAUGUGGAAAAGAAUAUUGCGGCGUUGGGAUGAUAUGGUAGUACAGUCAGAUAAAUCAGUCAGAUAAAUUACUAAUUUAUAUGAUAGAUCAACUUAAACAGAACGAUAUAACAACAAACAUUAAUGAAUAAAGUUCUCAUAUUUUGAUAAAAAAAUACAUAAACAUUGUUAAAGGGAACACAACACAAAAUUUAAACUGAUUUGAUUACUUGAAGAUUUAUAGGAUUUGAAAAAACAACGAAUGAGCUCCACAAGUUUUUUCUUCCCCUUCUUCUUUGGCUACUCCAUACAUCACUUUUAGUAGGGUCGAUGUCACAGAAUUUUGUUAAGAGUAUAAUAAAUCUUUCUAUGCCAAAUUAGGGCCUGAUUUAUUUAUUUUUUUGUCUUUUCCUACCUUCCUAUCUCUCAAAUAACUCUCAAUUCGUUUCCAUAAAACUUGAUGGAGAAAGGCAAGGCUAUACGUUUAAGCCAAGCUAGCUAGCAAUCUCCCAACUUUCUUAUCUUCAACGUAUGUUCUCCACUACAUGUGUCCCCUUUUUCCAUUGCAUUCUUCAAAGGUGUAGUGUAGUAACAAUCAAUCAAGGGGUUUUCACUCUUGAUAUGGUGUAGUCAUGAGCUACAAUAUGCUUGUCUUUCUUUGUUUCAAUAAUAAGAGCAAUUAAUUAAGGCGUGUUUACAGU